AUGAUAGAAGAUUUCAUAUCAUAUAAUGACUUAUUAAAAAUAUUAGGAGUCAUUGUUUUUUGUGUUGUUAUGUAUUUUAUCAAUGGAUUUAACAAAAAUCUUGCUAGAAAAUUAGCUAAUAAAAUACAAAUUGGAAAUACAAAAUUUAAAAUUGGAAUUAUAGGAGAUGUAACUGAAUAUGAAAAUAAUGCAAAAGUUGUCAUAGAAAAAGCUUUAAGUACUUUUAUUAGAAUUGGUGGAAAUGUUCUUCAAACAAAUGUUGUUGUAAAAACACCUUCAAAACGUGGAAUUCUUGAAGUUGUUCGACCAAUUGCAGAACAAUUCAAUAUACAUAUGGUUGGGAUUCAUUUUAUUCCCGAAGUCAUUGAUGCUAGAAAGAAACGAGAAAUUCUGGAUGAUGAAAUUGAUGUUCCUAAUUGGAAAAAAAAUGGUGAUGAAUCUCCUCUUUUUUUAAAGAAUGUUGACCAAUUAAUCUUAUUAGUUGGUAAAACAAAUGAUGAAGUUUCUAUGAAAGAGUUUGAUACUUUCAAAGGAGCUAAAGUGAGGUAUGACCUUUGUUCUCCUAAUUUCACUCAACCUACUCGAUGUGAAAAUAUGAACUGAUUGUUUCUUUUCAUUUCCUUUUAUUUUCAAAUCAUAAAAUAGGAAUAGACACAAAUAUUAAAGAAUAUGAAUCAAUACCAAUAAUUAAAACGAAUAAAAAAGAUAUGACUCACAAAGAACAACCUAAAAGUAAUGAGACUUCAUUACCUUUACAAACAAAAAGUGAACCAAUUAUAAAAACAAAUCAUCCAACACCAUUAUCAUCUUCUUUAAAUAAACAACAUCCAUUUAGUCAAACAUGUUUC